UACCUGAACUUCACAAAUUCUUUCAUUUUCAUCAUAGAAUUUAAAGCUUUUUAGAUACACGACAAUCACAUGACAUAAUAGAGGCUCCUAAGCCUCCAGGACCAGCAAUAGAUCUCUAUCCAUCUCUUUCUUAACACUGCUGUAACACUUGCAGCAAUUCUCUCGAUCCAAAUUACUAAAUCCCCCUUCAAAUUUAGUCCCACAUUUCAAUUUUUUUCAGUUUUUAGCCUCCAUUUUUUUGAUUUCUGGACAUUAUUAUAUCUUCAGUAAAGAAAUAAAUGAGGCGCCGAGGAUCAGAUUUACGCCGACCGGUGAGGCGGCGAGUUUCGAGUGUAUUUUGGUUAACGCUUUGUGGGAUUACGAUCCUGCUCUUCAUUGUUUUGAUAAGCCGAGAGAAUCAGAAACCCUCGUCGAGAUCAGCUAUUAUUAAGAGAUCCUAUAGACAUGACAGAAUCAUUGAAGGCCUUAAUAUCACCGAAGAAAUGUUAAGUGCCAACUCUGUAAGCAGGCAACUUAAUGAUCAAAUUUCCCUAGCAAAGUCAUUUCUUGCCAUUGCAAAGGAAAGCAACAACCUCCAAUUUGCAUGGGAACUUAGUGCCCAAAUCCGCAACUCACAAAAACUUCUCUCCAAUGCUGCUUUAAGAAGAAAUCCUUUGACUACCGGUGAAUCAGAAAUUGCAAUUCGCGAUAUGGCACUUUUACUAUUCCAAGCCCAGCAACUCCACUAUGACAGUGCAACCAUGAUCAUGAGGCUGAAGGCAAAGAUCCAGGGUCUUGAAGAACAGAUGAGUUCCGUAAAUGAGAAAAGUUCGAAGUAUGGACAAAUAGCUGCUGAAGAAGUCCCGAAGAGUUUGUAUUGUCUUGGUAUUCGGUUGUCAACUGAAUGGUACAAGAACUCAAAUUUACAAAGAAAACUCAGAGAGAAAAGGGAAGCAGUUAUAAAACUCAAAGAUAACAAUCUCUAUCAUUUUUGCGUCUUUUCUGACAACAUUCUUGCAACUUCAGUUGUGGUAAAUUCUACAGCUUUGAGUUCCCAAAAUCCUGAUCAGGUAGUCUUCCAUGUCGUGACUGACGAGGUGACUUAUGCUGCAAUGAAGGCCUGGUUCGCCAUGAACAGUUUUAAGGGAGUGACUGUUGAUGUUCAGAAGAUAGAAGAGUUUACCUGGUUGAAUGCUUCUUAUGUUCCUGUUCUUAAACAGCUUCAAGACUCCGACACCCAGAAUUACUAUUUUUCUGGUAGCAGUGGUGAUAGACGGACGCCAAUCAAAUUUAGGAACCCAAAGUAUCUAUCCAUGCUUAACCACUUAAGGUUCUAUAUUCCAGAAGUAUUUCCCGAAUUGAAGAAGGUUGCAUUUCUUGAUGAUGAUGUUAUAGUUCAGAAAGAUCUGUCGGGCCUGUUCACUAUAGAUCUAAAUGGGAACGUAAAUGGUGCAGUCGAGACAUGCAUGGAGACAUUUCACAGAUAUCACAAGUACUUGAAUUACUCGCACCCUCUUAUUCGUGAACAUUUCGAUCCUGAUGCAUGUGGGUGGGCAUUUGGGAUGAACGUUUUUGAUUUGGUCGAGUGGAGGAAAAGGAAUGUCACCGGCAUCUACCACUACUGGCAGGAAAAGAAUGUCGACAGGACACUGUGGAAACUUGGCACCCUUCCACCGGGAUUACUGACUUUCUACGGAUUGACAGAACCGUUGAAUCCUACAUGGCACGUGUUAGGUUUAGGGUAUACAAAUGUUGAUCCUCAGGUGAUAGAGAAAGGGGCUGUACUACAUUUUAAUGGGAACUCGAAACCAUGGCUGAAGAUCGGCUUGGAAAAGUACAAGCCCCUUUGGGAUAAAUAUGUCGAUUAUAGUCAUCCUCUACUUCAACAAUGCAAUGUUCAUUAAUUCAACAUAGAUUGGCUCUCACUUUUCCCUCAAAUAUUGAAAUAGAUUUACGGGUAAAUUAUGAGAGUAACUGUUGUAACUAAUAUUAUUUAAUUGUUGUUUUAAUUUGUGGUUGUGAUAUAAUAUUGAAUUUACCUUAACAUUGUUCACAAAACAUUGUCCAUCAAAUUAUAAUAGCUUGGGAUCACUUGUGUUGA